AUUCGUAUGGUUUUUUUUCCGUAUUCGUGGUAAAAGAAAAAAUGAGUCAAUUUUUUGGCGUUUAUACAAGUUUAUAAUGCGUGUACGUACAAGUCGUUAGUUGUAAUUUUUCAGAUCAGUAGUAGUGGAAUGUUUCCGAGAAUUACGUUUAAUCCAUCGAAUGAAGGUGUUUUGAUCCCCGUGGAAUUAUCUUGUAUGAGAAAAAUUGAUAAAUGACGAGAAUGGGAUAUCAUGGUUGCUCUCAUACGAUGUUUAUUUUUAUUAUUACCCUGGCAUUUUUUGUCACAACGAGAAUAUCGGUCUGUAGUGACAUUGAAGAUGGUGAUGCCGGUAACACAAGUGCUAAUGCCAUCGUGAAUAACCAGACAAAAUCGAACAAUGGCACUACCGAUGUAGAAAAGGGGAAGAUAAUAAAUGUCAGUGAUAAGGAAAAUGGAAAAGGAGUUCAAACUCACGGAGAACAAGAGAAAGCCGGACAAGAGAAUAAUAUCACGAUGGAUCCAACUGUGAUUCCAUUGGCUCACAUUCCAUCAUUGAACCCAGGAGCUCUGAAACGAGCUUUCUAUGUUUUCGCCGGCCUCAGUAUCAUCGUCUUGGCUUAUCUGAUGAUUCGGAGUUUUGGAUUCAAGAAAAACCCAGCACAAAUGGUACGUAAGUACGGUGUUCUUGCGCACAAACAAGACAUUGAAAUGCGCCCACUGCCACUGGACGAAGACGAUGAAGACGACACGACAGUCUUUGAUAUCAGUGGUUUGUCCCCUCAGAGAUCGCAACAUCAAGUGUCAUAAAAAAUAAAGCAACAAUAACAGGGUAGUUAAGUUGUAAAACGUUUAAAGUAAAUCUUAUUUUCUUGGAGCAGGAAGAAUAAAAUCUCGGCAGACAGUUCCGGGGGUAAAUUUUUAAGCUGAAAAAACUAUUGAAAUUAUCUUUUAAAUUCAGUUGCUGAGAUUGAUGCGCACUGGAACAUUGAAAUACAAAAAUGUGGUUUUAUCAGCGACUCACAUAAAAACAAAUGGAAAGUAAAAAUGAAACAAUCAGGGAUACCGAGAACCUCUUUAUCUCUUUCGUGAUACUUUGAUUCUUUUAUUUCAUUUUCUGAAGCCUUAAAUGUGAUAUUAUGAAACGAAAACCACUUAUAAUUAACUGAAGAUACGCCCAGUAAUUUUCAUUGGGGCAUUUACAUUCACCUGUAUGAUAUUUUCAACAGAAAAAAAACUAUCUUUGUUGUACGCUUAUUGAAUAUAGAUCGUUUAUAUUUCAA